UUGCUGACUAUCACAACAAGUUUCCGACAAGUGCAGUGUUCCGAGAGCAACGUUUGGGACAAAUGACAAAGAAUGUGCUCGUCUCCUCCCGGGCAUCCUUUGGACGCGACCUGGAAUAUAUUUCAAUAAUCCUCUGGAGCAGCAAGAAGCGAAGCUUUUGCAGAGCAGGCGGGCCAAGGAGGUGAGGUGUGCUGGACGGGGUCCACAUGGCAGGAGCCCCGAGCGCAGCACGCAGCUUCAUUCGCUUCCUCUAGGUGCCACAGUGAGGCGCUACCGUUCCCGAGCGGACUCUGAAAAGGCGGUGUGCCCAUGAGGUCGUCUAUGCUGGUCCUGUUGCUUUUCUUCAGUGCCCAGGCUGUAGCCUCCAUUGGGGAGGACCCGGGCGCUGCAGCCCCCAGCACACAGCGUCGGGACUCAGGCGCUGUCACCGCCGCCCCUCGAGUGGACCCAAAACUCUUCAGCAGGCGGCGCAGGCUCUCCCCCAGGGUGCUGUUCAGUGCCCAGCUGCCCGAUGCCGAGCCAACAGGGUCCCAUGGCCAGCACAGGAGCCGGCGGCGAGCGGGCCAACCCCAACACCGAGGCGUGUACUCCGUGUGCGAGAGCGUCAGCGUGUGGGUGGGCAACAAGACCAAGGCCACGGACAUUUCGGGCAACGAAGUGACAGUGCUGCCUGAUGUCAACAUUAACAAUGUCAACAAGAAACAGUACUUCUUCGAGACUACGUGUCACAGCUCACACGAGGGCAACUCGGGCUGCCUGGGCAUCGACGCCCGACACUGGAACUCCCGCUGCACCAACUCACACACGUUUGUGCGGGCGUUGACGUCUUCUCAGAACCUGGUGGCCUGGAGGCUCAUACGCAUCAACGUGGCCUGCGUGUGUGUGCUCAGCCGCAAGUCGUGGCGGCAGUAAUAAAUGUAUAUAUACAUAUAUAUAUAUAUAUAUAUAUAUAUAUAUAUAUAUAUAUAUAUAUAUGACUUCUGCACAGAGUAAAUUAUUAGUAUUAUGCCAAAGUACGGGGACUGCAUGAACUGUGUAUAACGGCAGGCCUGGGUCAAAGACUAUAUUACGCUUAUGAAGAAAAAUGCUAAGUCCACAAAGAGAAGAAAGAAAAUCCAUUUGCCGCAAUAUGGAUAUGCAUGUGUGUGUACUGUAUAUCUCAAAUCACUUCAACAUCUUUGCAUGAAUAUGCUUCCUCCUAUGAUCCACAAUAAUCCCUUCAGUGUCAUUUCUAAUUCAUCUUACAACAAUACCUUUAAAAAACUUGCAGAUAAUUUGAUUCCGGCAGAAUACCAAAAAAAAAAAAAAACAUGGAGUAAGGACUCUUGAACUUUAGUUAACAACCCUGGCUGAAUUUAGCCCCUCUUUUUACAUCAAUCGAGAUGUAUCACUUCAACACAAUUCCUUGACAACAAUUACAUAAAAUGCCAAAAUACACUGCAAAGCAGCAAGUAGGUGAGUUUUUCGCUUAAUUUGAAAAAGUAGGUUAAAAGGAAAAGGUAACCUCCUGGGUGAUUAUGCUAUUAGCAUAAUGUUAUAAAAGAAGAAGUGACUUUUGGCUUUGUUCAUGGUUUAAACUAUAAAUAUAACACAAUUUCAUACCAUAUCAAAUUUAAUGCACCACGUUGCUGAAUGCAAAUUCCCACCCCACAAUUCUGACGCCACAAUUUGCCAAAAUUCAGAACAUCUCAAUCAAAGAGACAUUUUCAGAAAUCCUCAGCUCACUAACGAUUGACUGGAUUGUUUAAUUUUGUACUUGGUGAGUGGGCAGGUACUCCAGAGACACGACUAUUUGUGUAUUAACAUUGAAAAAGUAUUUUUUUUAUUCCACAAUAUGUCCCCAUUAUGACCCCGGCUUCACUUAUUUCAGACAUGCAAAAACACACUGUUGGACUACAAUUUCCAUUAAAAACAGGGGGACAUGAUUACACAAGGAAAUCUACAGACUGUCGCUCUGUGGAAAAAUUGCAAUUAUCCAAAUAUUUCAAAUGUCGUUCAAUCCGCUGGCUUCAAGAUAACAGGGUAUGAAUAAUUCCAAUAAUUUAAUAACAGAUAAUCUCAUGAAAGAAUAACAUGCAGCUGAAGUGAACACAGCUUUCCUCCAAACAGCGGGUUUAAACUUGUCAAAGAGGCUGCUAAGCAGACAGCACUGCCCUCAACAUAACAACACAAUUAUACUAGAAGUAUCCUGUUUUUUUUGUUACUUGGCCCAGGUCUGGGGAAUCCAUGUUGAAAAUAGUGUUUAUUAUUUAUUAAACAUGUACCUUAUA